AUGUUCCAGGACAUCCGAGCCCAGCAAGAGGCUCAGGGCCUGGACCCUUGGGCACCAUUUGCAGAUGAGGAGGAGUGGGGGUUGGUAAAGUGGCUGGUCUCGCGGGUUGGCCACACUGCGAUAGAUGAAUUUCUGAAACUGCCAAUUACUAGCCACAUGAACACAUCAUUUACGAGCAAAUAUUCGCUGCUGAAAGUGAUCGACAAACUCCCUCGUGCGACCGAAUGGAAACUGAAGAAGAUCAGCGUGGUGGGAAAUAGAACUGCCAAUGAUGGGCAGCGGGAGACGGAAGACCUCGAAUUGUGGUUACGCGACCCGGUGGACUGCAUUCGUGAGUUGAUGAGCAAUCCAGAUUUCGAUCGUUGCGUCUCGUACGCACCAGAGAAGGUUUUUGCAGACGAGGAGGGAAAGACACGCGUCUUUGAUGACAUGUGGACUGGGGACUGGUGGUGGGAAAUGCAGCAUAGAUUACCCAAAGGGGCGGUGGUAGCGCCGGUGAUCCUGGCCUCUGAUAAAACCUCCCUAUCGCAGUUCCGUGGCGAUCAGGAGGUAUGGCCCGUGUACUUGACACUGGGCAACAUAUCUAAAGACAUUCGCCGUCAGCCCUCGAAGCACGCAGCCAUCCUAAUCGCGUACUUACCGAUAUCCAAGUUGGAAUGCUUCACGCGAGACGUUCGUUCAGUCGAACGUUACCGGCUAUUCCACUACUGCAUGGCCCAGGUGCUAGAGCCUUUGGUGAGUGCGGGUGAGAACGGAGUGGAUGUGACUUGCCCCGACCAUCAAGUGAGGCGGAUGCAUCCAAUUGUAGCCGCGUACAUCGCCGACUUUCCGGAGCAAUGCCUCAUUGCCUGCUGUAUGGAAAACAGGUGCCCGAAAUGCACUGUCGGGCGUGACAACCGCGGAGAUCUGAAAGAGUCAGCGCCACGGAGACGAGAGACGACAAUGGCAGACUUACGGCGUCACUCUGAGGGUGAAAUAAGUAGUGAUCAGUUCGAGAGUGAGCUGGGGCUACGUGCAAUUUACUCACCUUUUUGGGCCGCUCUCCCGCACAACGACAUCUUUCUCUGCAUGACACCCGACAUCCUGCACCAGCUGCACAAGGGUGUGUUCAAGGACCAUCUCGUUAGCUGGUGCACGAAAAUAAUUGGCGAGGACGAACUCGACUUACGUUUCAAGACAAUGAGAAUCUCGAAACGCAAGCAAUGGACGGGAGCCGACUACCGAGAAUUGGAGCGCGUGUUCCUGUGUGUCAUUGCAGGUGUGGUUGACAACAGAGUAAUAGCGGCUGUGCGUGGAGUGUUGGAUUUUACCUACUACGCCCAGUACCAGUCCCACACCGAAGAAACCCUCUCUCGCAUGCAAGCUGCACUGGCAUUGUUCCACGCCAACAAGAGCGUUUUUGUCGAGCACGGUGUGCGGGAGCACUUCAACAUCCCGAAAAUCCAUUCCAUGGUACACUACGCCGAUUCGAUCCGUUUGUUUGGGAGUGCCGACGGUUUCAACACCGAGCUCCCUGAACGCCUCCACAUAGAUUUCGCCAAGCGUGCGUAUCGUGCUUCCAAUCGCCGUGACUACGUUAUUCAAAUGACUAUGUGGCUACGUCGUCAAGAAUCUAUCUACCUUCAAGAUGCCUAUCUGCGUUGGCAGGCCUCGCGAAAUUCAACUAACGAAGAUUCACACUCAGCAGGACUCGGACUCCAGUCAUUCCCGCUCUUGAACAGUUUCUCCGCAACAACCCGCAUACUCAACCCCACCGAAAACUCACGCUGCAAGACCUGUGUUGACGUGUACAAGUACAUCAAGGUGGUCUCACCCGCACGACCACAUUUCAACAGCGCCAAAUGCGUGUUCAAGGUCCGGGCAUCACCAGAGAUUGCACCCAAGGACACCAGGAAAUUACCGUCUCCCGCGCGCUUUGAUACCGUCCUCGUGAUCGAGGAUUGCGAGCAGUACACUGGCAAGGGUAUCUUGGGGCUUCGCGUGGGUGAAGUAAAGAUCGUGUUCAGCCUCCCACCACGUCUGGGUCAUUUUGCGUGCCCCCUGGUGUAUAUUCACUGGUUCCGCCCGCUUCAGACUUUCGACGAAAACCUACAGAGUUUUCGACUCACCAAGUCUUCGCGUCAACAUCGACCCCAUGCAGCCGUUCUACCGGUUGAUCGAGUGCUUCGUCCAGCGGCAGAAGAGUUUUACCUCAACAGGUAUAUUGAUUUAGAAUUAUUUGAGUGCUUGAUGUAG